AUGCCCAAGCGCGCCGCCGGGGAGCAGUACGAGGACGAUGGUGGCUUCGUAGAAGACGCGCCAAAGUCCAAGAAGAGCAAGGGAGCCAAAGCAGAUGGCGGAAUGCAGAAGGGCGCGGAUGGGGAGGUCUACUGGGAGAUCUCUAGUAGGAAGCGUCUCACUGUGUCCGAAUACAAGAAGACGACAUUAAUCAAUAUCCGAGAUUACUAUGAGAAGGAUGGAAAGAUGCUGCCAGGAAAGGGCACGGCUUUGAGCACUGAGCAGUUGAAUGCGGUCAUCACACUUCUACCAGAGCUCGAAAGCGUUCUCAAGUCCAAGGGCUUCGAAGAUGUCGCCAGACCAGAUUAUGCCAAUGCUUCGAAGACAUCCGUCGAGGAUGGAGGUGACGAGGAAGAGGAAGAGGCUGUGGAAAGCGGCGCAGAGAAAAGUGACGGAGCCUCCGCUCUGUCGAAGAAGAGCAAGAGCAAGCUCGACAAGUUCAAGCUGAAAACCAAGAAGAAUCACGAAGCUACCAGCGACGAAGACGAUGAUUGA